AUGUUCUUGAAGAAAAGCUCCCGCAAAGGCAAGCAGAGAAGGCCAUCUUAUCUAUUCUGCUGCUUUAAUGGGUCUGUCGUGGCGGAGUCCGGCGACUUGGAGAAGCCAGCGACUGCCAUUGGAAAGGUUAGAAAGAAAGGUGUAGGCUGCUUCUCCUGGUAUUGGCUUCGGAGGAAGAAGAAGCCGUUGAAGGAUACAAAUAACAAGCAUGGAGCCAAGGUAAAAAUCUAUAGCAGCCGAAGCGUGCCACCGGCGCCGCAGGAGCCGACAAUAUUUUCCGCCGCCGCCGUCGGCCAGGUCAACAAGGAACCCUACCUAACGCGCCUUCCACUGCUGACGCCAAAGUACGAUGCACAAACCCGGCCUGAAUCCUCGAACCUCCGAACCGAACCGGUAUCCAACCGCCUAACGAGCGGCCUACCCGAGCCGGAGCAACUAGCAGCUACUCCUUUUCGGGUCAGCACCCAGGCCCGAUCGGAAUGGGCCAGGAAGCUUGACUCAAAGGCCGGGCUGACGGUUAUUGGAGUGACGAUUGUCGUUAUGGUUUUUUAUGGCCGCGCCGCCGCUGUCGUCAGCCUGUGUGCAUGCUUUUACCUGGCGGCGAUUCUCCGAGAGCCAGUGGUGGCUGAGGUAGAAGUGGGGAAGAUGGCCGGCGCCGGCUAUGCUGACGUGGACUCGGAGGAGUAUAAGAAGAGAGUUGUGAUGGAAGGGUUGCUGGGCAGGAGUAAACAAAGGCUAAAGGCACACGUGGAGAAAAUUUAGGUCCCCUAAGUUUUUGAAUUAAUUUUGAAUGUGUAUAACAAAUACCUA